AUGGCGGCGCAUGUUAAUUUUGAGAGUACUAGCAGCAUCGCAGAUCGUAAAGAGAGUAAACGACAGGCACGGCAAGAGGCGGUUGAAAGGGCAAAACAGCAGUAUGAGAGAGAGGAGCGGAGGAAGGAGCUAAAGAGGCAGAGAGGGGAAGACACUUGGAUGCUUCCUGAGGUCACUGACAGACUGAAGGAAAUCGAGGACGAAACAACUUGUCAAGGCAAAAAGAAAAAACUGAAGAAAUCUAAAAAGAAAAAGGAGAAGAAAAAGAAGGCCAAGAAGGAAAAGAAAGCGACAGAAGCAGCAGAUGGCUCGAGUGACGGCUCAAAUGACUCUGCAGAUGAGUGGGUUGAAGCUCAACCCCAGCCUCAGCCACUGGCUUCUAAUAAAGCCUGGAAGGUUUCAGAGAAGUCUAAGGCUCCAGAUAGUAAUGGCGACUCAGCUAAAACUGUCCAGCGAGAUGAAUGGAUGACUUUUGACUUUUUGGCCAUGAAAACCACAUCCACAGCACAGAAAAGAGCUGAGAAGGACCAACUGAAAGAAGAGGAGAGGGCCAAAGCUCAGGCCAUUGAACAGGCUGGUUUGCACAAACUAGAACUUAACCCGUACUGGAAGGAUGGUGGAACAGGUCUGCCCCCAGAGGAAAAGGCUGGUUCUGCUGCAACAAAAGUUUCAGUGGUGAAUGAUGGCGGUCUGAGCUGGCUCAGAAAGAGCUACCAAAGAAUGAAGGAGCAGGCAGAGAGAGAGCAGCGCAGCCUGAACGAUGUGGUGGCGGACAGAUAUGGAUCGAUGGAGGAAUUCCAGCAGCGACUUGCCGAAGCAGAAAAAGCUGUUUAUGGAUACAAAAGCAGAGGGGAAGGGGAAAAUAUGUCGAAAAGCAGGCAGUUUGAAGGAAAAGAGAGCAGAGAGAGGUGGCGGAGAAAAGGGGAAGAGAUGGAGAGUGAUCGGUGGAGAAGAUAUGAAAGACACUCAUCACCUCUGUCCCAUGAGCGGGGAGGCGAUCAGGAAAAAGUGAGAGAUCAAGAUAGUGAAAGAAACCCAAACAAGGACAAAGACAGAUAUAGGGAGAGAGAGAAGGAAAGGGAUGAAGAGAGAGAAAGAAGCAGGUAUAGAGCGAGGUCCAGUGUUACAUCCUCAUCUGAGAAAAAAUGCAAUCAACGUUCCUCCUCUCUUGGGUCACUGAAAGGCCGUUUCCUUAAGCCCUCAGACGAUGACGACAGCAGAGCUCAUGGACCCCCUCCUCAUAGAGGUCAGUCAUUUACAGGAUUUUUGAAACCUAACUUGGAUGAUGAAGACUCUGGUCCACGAAACAUGAGUGGUAUGGUCUGGAGGAAAGGUGGCAGUCUUGCUAAUGAGCCUGAUCACAUGGAAAAGGAGAAAGUGCGAGAUAUUGCAAAGUCAACCCCAGCUCCUUGUGACAAGACAGCAGCUGCAACAAUAAAAUCAAGUGAGAGUGGCAGUGAUGAAGAGGUGGAAGAGCUUCCACUUCUCUCCGAGGAAGAGAUGAACAAACUUGGCGCAAAGCUAGUGAAGGCUGAGAUAAUGGGUAACACUGCCAUGGUUGAAAAGCUAAAGGCACAGUUGGAUGCAGCUCACAAAGCCAAAGAGAGCAACAAUGCAAGAAAGAAGCUCCACGAAACUGCAAAAUCAACACAGAUGGCGGGCUCCUCAAGCGAAGACCGAGAAGUCCUAUUAUUCAGAACUGAUCAUUCUGGUCAGGCCUGGCCAGUCAAGCCCCUAUCAGAACCUCAGGAGCCCCACGGAGGACGCAGAAAGAAGAAAGCGAUUGAGACUCACGUUGAUGGGCAGCGUGUCAGGUACUUUCAGGAUGAUGACAGUGUGGGUCUGAAGGAGAUGGUCAGGAGGGAGAAGAUGAGCUCAGCACAGGAUCAGAAUGCCCUUUACUCUCGAAUGGCUGCCAAGGUGAUGGGAAAGACGGACGGUGACAACUACACUCUGGAUGAUAUGUUUGUGUCAAGUGCGGCGCGCAAGGAGGGUGAAGGGAGGGAGGAGGAAAGGCUGAGGAACAGAGCCAGCGAGGAGAGUAGGAGGCUGGCGACCUCCAUGGAGAAAUGCCGUCACUGUUUCAGUAGCCAGGAGCUCCAGAAGCACCUCAUAGUGGCCAUAGGAAGCAAGGUAUACCUAAGUCUACCUGCUGGAGUGUCCAUGACAGAAGGCCAUUGUCUCAUCUGUCCCCUACAGCAUCACUGCUCGGCCACCACUUUGGACGAGGACGUCUGGUCAGAGAUACAGCUGUUCCGUCGCAGCUUGGUGCGUAUGUUUGAGUCCCAGGAACUAGACUGUGUGUUCAUGGAAAUGCACCUGAACCCACGCCGGAGACAGCACAUGGUCCUUGAGUGUAUCCCACUUCCUCGGGAACUGGGUGACAUGGCACCGAUAUACUUUAAGAAAGCCAUCAUGGAGUGUGAUGAGGAAUGGGCCAUGAACAAAAAGGUUGUUGACCUUUCUUCGAAAGACAUACGCAAAGCUGUUCCCCGAGGGCUGCCCUACUUUGCUGUAGACUUCGGACUACAGGGAGGGUUUGCCCAUGUAAUUGAAAACGAGCAGAAAUUCCCACAUUACUUUGGCAAGGAAGUGGUUGGAGGUAUGAUGGACUUGGAGCCAAGGAUUUGGAGGAAGUUGAUACGUGAGAACUUUGAUGAUCAGAGGAAAAAAGUCCUGCAGUUUGCACAGUGGUGGAAACAGUAUGAUUGUACCAAGAAUGAAAGCUAG